CUGUUGGAUCACUGCCUCUCCAGAAGGAGGAGGCGCAGCAUGGCUGAACCUCUGCUGAGGAGAACUUUCUCCAGGCUGAGAGGCAAAAACAGAAGCUGCAAGAAAAACGAAUCUAAAGAGAGUGAGGUUCUAGUCUGCCCUGACAAUAUCCAAACUUUUUCAUCCCCAUCAAUGAUGACUGCAUUGAGAAUGUUGAGGGCAUCGGACACUCCUUCGUCUCCUCGGAACAAUAUCACUGUAUCUAAGAAACAGCAGUGGGCUCGGCAGGGAGCAGCAACCCCUCCCACCUACCUUUGUUCCACCCCCAUGCCUUCUGAUUGGCAACCAUCAGAGAUAUCCCAGGAUGCAUCUGAGCCGAUAUGGGCCCAGAAGAUGGUGCUGGACAAGCAGCAGCAGUUCAGUGACAAGUUGCCAAGUCAGGGCUCUGCCAUCACUUCACUGCAGCAGGAAGCCACCCAGCCACCAGGGGGCUUCACAGACUUUCCCACUGUCUGUAGCAAACUGUCGGGCCAACGGGCCUACCUGCAGAGUCUGGAUCACAGCAGUCGAGCAUGGGUGCUGUCUUCAGGAAAGUCUCAAGAAUCAGACAAUAUUUCAAGUCUCCUGGAGGACAGAGGGAGCAACAUAUGGUACAACCCGAUCCCUGAGGAAGAGGAUUCAGGCUUACGCAGGAAGGAGGAGGUAUGGAGGAAGAAGAACGAAAAGGUGGAAGGAGGAGAAUGCUGGAACAGUGAUUGUCCACAGGAAGGUGCCAAUCCCAUUGUCAGUCACCAGACUGAUGGUACUGAAGCAGAAAUCCCAGAUUUUUCCUCUUCAGACACUAGCCCUGCUUCUCUAAAGAAAGGCGGUGGGACUGGUAGUAUGAUGGACAGAUUGAGGUCUCCUGGUACAAUGAGGAAACUCUCGUUUAAGAUGAAAAAACUUCCUGAGUUGCGCAGAAAACUCAGUCUUCGUUCAUCGUCUUGCGCUCAACGCCAGACGAAAACAGACUCCAAGGACGAGUCGCCCAAUAAAAAUGAAGGAUCAUCCUUGGCACUGUUGAAUCAGAAUGUCCUCAGCCGGUAUCAUCUGGAUAGCUCCACCCCCCCGGCCCGACCACUGCUGCGGUCAUCUAGAGGACGCUCAGUCAGCAAAGGAGGGUACCUAAGUGAUGGAGACUCCCCUGAGCUGCUGCCACGGCAACAGAGCCUUGGGCAUUAUGUAGCCCAGGAAGCUCCAUGUGAUGUGAGUUCUUUCCAACUGUACGUGGGCUCAGAUCUACCACGGUGCAGCCAGCAAGUGACAGGUUUACUGACGGUGCACUUGCUGAGUCUGAAGGAGAUGAAAAUCACCAGGUCCGAGGAUAGUAAGGAGGUGUUUUUGGCCAUCCAGAUUGAUGGGGUAACAAGAGCGAGAACUGCACUCCUGACACUAAGAGGCCCAACCCUCCCUUUAAACCACACCUUCAACCUGGAGCUGGAGAGGGCCCGUCAACUUCGUUUUGUAGUUCUUACACCAGGCUGUCCAUUAGCUGCUCGAGGAGCUAAACCCGAGAAUGACCAGAGUCCUCCUUCAGAUGGUCAAAACAAAAACCGAGUGUGCUCUCUGGGUGAGGUCUCCAUCCCACCACUCUUUAAAGGGAGCCGGACUCAGCAGCUCUGUGUGAAGCUGGAACCCAGAGGACUUCUUUAUGUCAAACUGACUCUGCAGGAAAAAUGGUACACACAGAAGGGUGAGGAUGCAGCAAUACCUUCAAAUGUGUUUGGGGUUGAUCUGCACCGACUGGUGAAGAAAGAAAGAUCGGACACUUUGGUUCCCCUGUUGAUCCAGAAAAGUGUGGCAGAAAUAGAACGGCGAGGGCUGAAGGUGGUAGGUCUGUACAGACUCUGUGGAUCUGCUGCCGUGAAGAAGGAGCUCAGAGACUGGUUUGAAAGGAACAGUUCCAGUGUCUGUCUCUCAGAGGACCUCUACCCCGACAUCAAUGUCAUCACAGGUAUUCUGAAAGACUACCUGCGUGAGCUGCCAUCUCCUAUCAUCACCAGGACUCUGUACCAGGUGGUCCGAGAAGCCAUGACCCUGCAACCCCUGCAUAUGACCCCUGACCCCCAGUUGUCCCAAAGCACAGUUGAGCUUCUGGCCUGUCUGCCACCUCCAGAGAAGGCCACACUGUCCCUCUUGUUGGACCACCUCAGCCUGGUCGCAUCCUUCAGCUCCUUCAACAGGAUGACCCAUCAGAACCUGGCAGUCUGCUUUGGUCCAGUGCUCCUCACACCAACCCAGGAGACGUGGAGGGCAAGAGAAAGAACAGAAAGGGCGAGUCGAGGAAUGGGGAAGUUCUUCAGUCCUGGUGAGGAGAUAGUGAACGCAGUAGACUUCAAACGGCACAUUGAGGCCCUGCACUACCUGCUGCAACUGUGGCCAGUGCCAACUCAUCGAGUUCCAUCAGAUGACCGUACACACCUUUCCCCUCUAUCCUGUUCCAUCCUUACCCAGAGUGCCCUGGGCCAGCUGCCACAACAGUGCCAUCCCUUCCUAAGGCUAGGUGUGGCUCCAAACCGGGAGGAGGUGGUGGUCUCCCGUCGAAGCCACAGCAGGCUGGAGAGUCCGCCACCAAUCAAUCGGUAUGCUGGAGACUGGAGUGUCUGUGGCAGAAAGCUUCUGCCUGAACAGGAAGCUGAUUAUGACGAGGUGGCUGGAAGUGAGAGUGAUGAAGACAGCGAGCAUGACGAAGAGGAAGAGCAGAAGGAGGCGUGGUCUUCAAGAGGUGCAGGAGCAGGAAUGUUUGUGGAUGACUUCAUGGACUUUGAUGCUCCAUUCAACUGCCGACUCAGCCUGAAGGACUUUGACACCCUCAUCCAUGAUCUGGACCGAGAACUGGCCAAACAAAUCAACAUCUACCUAUAGAAAAGGAGGAGGAGGAGGGUGAUGAUGAUGUCUG